UUUACUUCCUCUGUUUCAAUAUUAUUCAAUUUGGCCCAAAGCAAUAAGCUGGAGUUGCAAUUUGCAUGCUCGUCAAUGGCUCAAUUACUGACCCCAUCCCCUGUGUUCACUGAAGCUCUCAAGUUCCAAAACCCAUUACGGAAUGGGUGCUCUAGAAGCCCAUGGCGCAUGUUAGCCAAGCCCGGCAGUAGCCUGACUUUGAUGGGUGGUCAUGGAGGCGGCCGGAGGAGGCGUAGAGGCUAUAGCAGGCUCAGAGUGGCAACCGACGACUCACCUUCAACGAACGCCGUCGCUGAUGACUACUAUUCCGUCUUGGGAUUGCUUCCAGAUGCAACGCCGGCACAAAUAAAAAAGGCGUAUUAUAAUUGUAUGAAAGCUUGCCAUCCGGACUUGAGUGGUGAUAAUCCAGACACCAACAAUUUCUGCAUGUUCAUCAAUGAGGUCUAUGAGGUGCUCAGUGACCCCGUGCAACGCAUGGUUUACGACGAAAUUCACGGCUAUGCUUUGACAGCAAUCAAUCCUUUCCUGAACGAGUCUGCACCAAAGGAUCAUGCAUUUGUUGAUGAGUUUAGCUGCAUAGGCUGCAAAAACUGUGCCAGCGUUGCCCCAGACGUCUUUGGAAUCGAGGAAGACUUUGGAAGAGCCCGAGUAUACAGUCAGUGCGGGAGCGUAGAUUUAGUUCAACAGGCAAUUGAUAGUUGCCCUGUUGAUUGCAUCCAUUGGACUUCUGCUGCUCAACUAUCAUUGCUCGAAGAUGAAAUGCGCAGAGUAGAAAGAGUAAACGUUGCACUGAUGCUCGCAGGUAUGGGCUCAUCAGUGGAUGUUUUCAGAAUGGCAAGUUCUCGGUGGCAAAAGAGGCAAUCACAAGUCUUGGAACAAGCUCAAAUUAGGAUGAAGAAGAAGAAGAAGGAUUCAGAUAAAACAGAAUCAUACUGGGACAACAUUUGGGGUAACACCAAAGAGUACCAAAAUUCAGAGGAGGAAGUGAAAGAAAGAUCAAGGAGAGCGGCAGCAGCAGCUCGAAGAUGGAGGGAGUACUCAAGGAGGGGUGCUGAUAAGCCUCCCAGCUAUAAACUUCCGGAGGCCGUCUCCAACGACGAAAAGUGACCAGAUUAAUCUGUAGAGGACCGACACCAUUGAAGUUAUAUCAUCAAAUGUAAGUAUUAGCCAAUUUAUAGCUUAAACUGGUGUAAAUUUGUAACCAUGUAAACUUUGAAGAGAUCUGAAAAUCUGCGUAAUCAGUAUAGUAGCUAUCAGAUUACCAGAAGAUUGAUCUGUAAGUUAAAAAAAUGAAAAACAAAAAGAUAAGAUAUACAUAUAGAAGCAUUCUGCGUAUACGCGAGGUUUUCAAGCA